CUCAACAUUACCAAAACGUCUUUCUGAUCAAAUGUCUAGUAUUUUAGAUACUCAUGAGCUGCCACCGCAGAAGCAGCAAGACAUGGCUGCUGCAAUUCAUGUGGCCCGAGCAGAAUGCCUCGGUAUCAGCAAGAUGAUGCACAAGAAACUCCCGUCUGAGUUACGAGAUCUCAUAUACAGCUAUCUGUGUUUGGAAGACCGACAAGUUCCCAUUGGACCUUACUAUCACUUUCGGACAUACAAGCCACACGCAAAUAAUGAACCCGCCUACUCCGAUACACAGUAUUUUCCUCGGACUGGAGACCUGCAAACUGAUCUUGGGGAUGGUCAAACCAGAAUCGAUCAUGACCUGCAUCCACAAGACGGCCUUCUCUUACCUCAGAACUACAUAUUCGACCCGAGCUACAUGAGCGAAGAAGUCGUGCUUGAAACAUUGAAGACGUACUACAAGAACAAUAGCUUCUCUGUAUGCAAUAUCGAAGGCGGUCUAGACGAUCUUUGUUCAGCCGUGAGGUUGGGUGCUGAUGGACUAGCCACUGACUUCGUGCCGAUUGAUCACAUUCACGAUCUGCAGAUACGGGUCAAGUUUGAGCACUUUCACGAAGGAGCAAAGGUCAUUGGACCUCAUACAAAUGACCGGCUGAAGCAAUUUACUGAAGAGGAGCUUCUCCUACGAUACACGGUAGAGUCUUUGCAGAGGUUCCGGUCGAGGAUGCUAUCAUCAACCCCACAUCAGCUGGAAAUCGAGGUCGUCCUUAUUUCAAACCUAAGUAGGGAUCGUGUGUACUCCGAAGAAAUGCUGCUAGGGAGUGUUGUGAACUAUUUACAAACAGUCCGAAACAUGGUUUACGAGCUGAUCCACGACCGCGAUCACACUACCGUCAGGGUUACGCAUGUCGAUGACACCCUCAUGAGCUUCCCCAAAAAUUAUACAGGGCUGUUCAAGCUAACUAAAGAACAAUGGGACUACGAGAAAGCCAGACAGCAGCCUAACCACGACUGGAGCCAAGACUUCUGGGUUAUCCCAGUACCAAGUAAGGACAUUCACAACCCAGGAACGCUGGGGCUUGGAGGGUACUGUUGCGACUCUCUUGGGGACUUUCAGUCUAUGCGGUGGGGCGUCAAAGACAUUUUCCGCGAAAGGACGAGCUCUAUCUCUGUUGUGGAGGGGUCGUACUGGCCGAGAGGGAGGCCAUACCAUCCCCACGUGGCACAAGCACUGAUUGAGAAGUCCCCGAGUGAGUUCAUCGUCGAGGAUUAGAUGCAAGAUAUUGUUGACAGGGUGGGCUGUUGUGGAGUGGUUAUGGAGUGGUAAAACCAAACGAGUAUUAAAACAACCCUGGUCUAGCAUAGAUAUGAAGAUAUCUACCAAGUUCUUGCAUACUAGAACC